GGCCCCGAGGGGCAGCCUUAAUCCCAAGAGUCCCCGAGCUGCAGGAAAGGCUGUGCGGGCGUCGUUGGUUCUCUUCCUUUGCACCGAACCCGAGUGGUGCUAACUCUUGCUCUCUGUCCCCGAGUGCCCAGUGCGGGGCUCCCGCGUCAGCCUUCCCUUGAGGCUAGCUGGUGGCAUCUGUGAGGGGCGCGCCCCUCCACGGCCCUGAGGACCCCGAGUCUCCAUGGGCCCGACCCCGAAGGCCAAUGUGUGCCGCAGGCUGAGUCGCCGGGCUCUAGGCUUCUUCGCACGCGACGCGGGCGUGGUGCAGAGGACGAACCUGGGCAUCCUGCGGGCGCUGGUGUGCCAGGAGAGUACUAAAUUUAAGAAUGUUUGGACAACUCAUUCCAAGUCACCUAUAGCCUAUGAGAGAGGAAGAAUAUAUUUUGACAAUUACCGGUGCUGUGUAAGCAGUGUUGCAUCAGAGCCAAGAAAACUUUAUGAAAUGCCAAAAUGUUCCAAAUCAGAAAAAAUUGAGGAUGCUUUAUUAUGGGAAUGCCCAGUGGGGGAAAUACUUCCCAACCCAUCAGAUUAUAAGUCCUCACUCAUAGCACUGACUGCGCAUAAUUGGCUGCUUCGUAUAUCAGCAACUACAGGGGAAAUCCUGGAGAAAAUAUACCUUGCUUCCUAUUGCAAGUUCAGGUACUUGAGCUGGGACACUCCUCAAGAGGUCAUUGCAGUCAAGUCAGCUCAGAACAAAGGCUCAGCAGUGGCCCGACAGGUGGGCACCCAGCAGCCUGUUUUGUUGUACCUUGCAGUAUUCCGGGUUCUCCCCUUUUCACUUGUAGGGAUUCUAGAGAUCAACAAAAAAGUUUUUGCGAAUGUCACAGAUGCUACCUUGUCACAUGGAAUAUUGAUUGUGAUGUACAGCUCAGGACUGGUCAGACUGUAUAGCUUCCAAGCCAUCAUCGAACAGUUCAUGCAGCAGAAACUUGACUUAGGGUGUGCAUGCAGUCAGGGCGGGACUACUGGGACUGUAGGAGAGGCUCCUUUUGGCAUUCCUUGUAAUGUUAAAAUCACAGACUCACCAUGUCCACUCUUUGAAGUCUCAUCCCUGGAGAAUGCAUUUCAGAUUGGAGGCCAUCCUUGGCACUACAUCAUCACACCUAAUAAGAAGAAACAGAAAGGAGUCUUCCAUAUUUGUGCCCUAAAAGAUAAUUCCUUGGCAAAAAAUGGGAUCCAAGAAAUGGAGUGUUGUUCACUAGAAUCUGACUGGAUCUAUUUCCACCCUGAUGCUUCUGGAAGAAUUAUACAUGUUGGCCCAAAUCAAGUCAAAGUCUUGAAGCUAAGUGAGGUAGAAAAUAAUAGUUCUCAGCAUCAGAUCUCUGAAGAUUUUGUCAUUUGGGCCAAUAGAGAAGACAGAAAUGAAAACUUAAUCACUGUUACAGCUUCUGGACGAGUGGUGAAAAGAAAUGUCAACCUUCUGGAUGAUGACCCAGAACAAGAGACUUUCAAAAUUGUGGACUAUGAAGAUGAGUUGGACUUGCUCUCUGUAGUAGCUGUCACUCAAAUAGAUGCCGAAGGAAAAGCUCACCUGGAUUUCCACUGUAAUGAGUACGGGACCCUACUCAAGAGUAUCCCACUAGUGGAGUCAUGGGAUGUGACAUAUAGCCAUGAAGUCUACUUUGACAGAGAUUUGGUGCUACACAUCGAACAGAAACCCAACCGGGUCUUCAGCUGCUAUGUUUACCAGAUGGUCUGUGACCCUGGAGAAGAAGAAGACAUUGUCAAUAGAAGUGAUUAAGACAGUGAGAUUAUCGUAACUUGAGAAUUUGGUGAAACACCCUAUCUAUGGGCUGUGUCCAGUUCUCCUUUUCAUCUGCAUGGAACAUGCUGCAGUACUUUCCAGAACAGGUCUUGUGCUAGCUUCAAAGGACUGGCUUAAGCUCUUGCCACAGAAGGCAGUGAGGACUCUGUUUUAUGUAAAUGCUCUCUAGAAUGCUGUCCUAAGAGGCGCAGCAUUUUAAAACUUGUAGACAAGGUGCUAAUGUGAAUGUAAAAUGCUAGGGAACAGGAGAUGGUUAAAUUUAGGUGUCAAGGAGACAUCAUUGAUCCAGGGAUAAUUAACAUGAUUCUUUAAAACUACUAUAAUGUUUUAGUUGGCAAGGCUAGGAGAAAGAAGCAGAAAUAAAAACAUUAAACAUAAAAGCCAGGUGUGGUAGCACACACCUAUAAUCCCAGUACAUGGCAUGUAGAGCAAAAAGAUCAGGCGUUCAAAGCCAGUACUGGCUAUAUAGCAAAUUCAAGUCCAGGUUCGUCUACAUGAGACCUGUUCUCAAAAUGACAAUGAAAAGAUAAAUAAAUCCUAUAUACUCUAUACCAAACUUUGCUUAAGGAUUAGAAAUUUAUAAUGUAAAAUCAUACUUUUGAGCCAAAAAUCAUCACAGCUUCUUGGUAAGAAA